AGGACGUCCUCCGAAGUUGAGCAAACACCUCCUCCCUCCGGCCCCCAUCCCCAUUUCUGCUGGGAAUUCGGAACCUACCCUAUCCGGACCCAGGAGCUCGGAGGCGGCAGGACCGGUCGGCACCUCAGAGGGGACAAGUCACCAGGUUUUAAGAUGCUGCGAGUACAAAGGACCAAACUGGGCAGGCUGGAGCUCAGCUUCUCCAAUGGGCUUCACCACAAACCGGUGAUGGCCCUGAGACGGGAGGAUGUGAAUGCCUGGGAGAGGAGGGCGCCUCUGGCUCCCCGGCACAUCAAAGGGAUCACCAACCUGGGAUACAAAGUCCUAAUACAGCCUUCCAAUCGGCGGGCCAUUCAUGACAAGGAAUAUGUCAAAGCUGGUGGCAUUCUUCAGGAGGACAUUUCUGAAGCUUGUCUAAUUUUGGGAGUUAAAAGACCCCCAGAGGAAAAAUUAAUGUCUAAGAAGACUUAUGCAUUCUUCUCCCACACAAUAAAGGCCCAGGAGGCCAAUAUGGGCUUGCUGGAUGAGAUUCUGAGACAGGAAAUCCGACUUAUUGAUUACGAGAAAAUGGUGGAUCAUAGAGGAACACGGGUAGUGGCGUUUGGACAGUGGGCAGGUGUGGCAGGGAUGAUCAACAUUUUACACGGAAUGGGGUUAAGGCUCCUCGCACUGGGACAUCACACACCUUUUAUGCACAUUGGCAUGGCUCAUAACUACAGGAACAGCAGUCAGGCUGUGCAAGCUGUCCGCGAUGCUGGCUACGAAAUCUCUCUGGGUUUGAUGCCAAAGUCGAUAGGGCCUUUAACAUUUGUGUUCACAGGGACUGGUAAUGUAUCUAAGGGAGCCCAAGAAAUCUUCAAUGAGUUACCUUGUGAAUACGUGGAACCACAUGAAUUAAAAGAAGUUUCCCAAAAUGGAGACCUGAGAAAAGUGUAUGGGACGGUGUUAAGUCGCCAUCAUCAUCUUGUCAGGAAAACAGAUGGUGUGUAUGAUCCUGUAGAUUAUGACAAAUAUCCUGAGCGCUACACAAGUCGUUUUAACACUGAUAUUGCACCCUAUACAACUUGUUUCAUUAAUGGAAUCUACUGGGAACAAAACACUCCUCGUCUACUAACUCGCCAAGAUGUCCAGAGUCUUUUGGUUCCAGGCAAGUCCUCUGUUGCUGGUGUGGAAGGCUGCCCUGCAUUACCACACAAACUUGUGGCAAUAUGUGACAUUUCAGCUGACACGGGAGGAUCUAUAGAGUUUAUGACUGAAUGUACGACAAUAGAACAUCCCUUUUGUAUGUAUGAUGCAGACCAGCAUAUUAUUCAUGACAGUGUUGAAGGCUCUGGGAUUCUGAUGUGUUCCAUUGACAAUUUGCCAGCACAGCUUCCAAUUGAAGCUACAGAAUACUUUGGAGACAUGCUUUACCCUUAUGUUGAAGAAAUGAUAUUAUCAGAUGCAACACAGCCUCUUGAAAGUCAGAAUUUUUCUCCUGUGGUGCGAGACGCAGUGAUUACGUCCAAUGGUGUAUUGACUGAUAAGUAUAAAUAUAUCCAGAAACUCCGAGAGAACAGAGAACUUGCUCAGUCACUUUCAAUGGGCACCAAAAAAAAGGUCUUGGUUCUUGGAUCUGGUUAUGUAUCUGAACCUGUGUUGGAAUAUCUGUCAAGAGAUAACAAGAUAGAAAUAACAGUAGGCUCUGACAUGAAGAACCAAAUUGAACAGUUAGGCAAGAAAUAUAAUAUUAAUCCUGUUAGCAUGGACAUUAGUAAACAAGCAGAGAAGUUGAGCUCCUUGGUGGCAAAACAGGAUCUUGUCAUCAGCUUGUUGCCUUAUGCAUUGCAUCCUCUUGUGGCUAAGGCAUGCAUCACAAGCAAAGUUAACAUGAUCACUGCAAGCUACAUCACACCUGCGCUAAAAGAAUUAGAAAAGAGUGUGGAAGAUGCUGGCAUCACAGUCAUUGGUGAACUGGGAUUGGACCCUGGUCUUGAUCAUAUGUUGGCAAUGGAAACCAUAGAUAAAGCCAAGGAAGUGGGAGCCACGAUUGAAUCUUACAUUUCCUACUGUGGUGGGCUUCCAGCCCCUGAACAUUCAGACAAUCCUUUGAGAUACAAAUUUAGCUGGAGUCCAGUGGGAGUUUUGAUGAACAUAAUGCAGCCCGCCACCUACCUGCUCAGUGGAAAGGUUGUGAAUGUUGCCGGGGGCAUCUCCUUUCUUGAUGCAGUUACUCCCAUGGAUUAUUUCCCCGGGUUAAAUUUGGAAGGCUAUCCUAACAGAGACAGUACAAAAUAUGCUGAGAUUUAUGGCAUUCCAUCUGCUCACACUUUGCUGCGGGGGACACUGAGAUAUAAGGGGUAUGCCAAAGCUUUGAAUGGAUUUGUAAAACUGGGUCUUAUAAACAGAGAUGCAUUUCCUGCCCUUCAACCUGAGGCCAACCCUCUUACCUGGAAAGAACUCCUUUGUGAUCUGGUUGGGAUUUCACCCUCCUCCAAACAUGAUGUGCUCAAGGAAGCCAUCUUUGAGAAACUAGGAAGAGACAAUACCCAGCUGGAGGCUACUGAAUGGUUGGGCUUACUUGGGGAUGAACAAGUCCCUCAAGCAGAGUCUGUGGUGGAUGCCCUCUCCAAGCAUUUGGCCAGGAAACUCUCCUAUGGCCCUGGAGAGAGAGAUAUGAUUGUGAUGAGAGACAGUUUUGGAAUCAGACAUCCUUCUGGACACUUGGAAAAUAAAACUAUUGAUCUUGUGGUUUAUGGGGACAUCAAUGGCUUUUCAGCCAUGGCUAAAACUGUGGGGCUACCCACUGCUAUGGCAGCCAAGAUGUUACUUGAUGGUGAAAUUAAAGCUAAAGGCUUGAUGGGGCCCUUUUCAAAGGACAUCUAUGGACCAGUAUUGGAGAGAAUUAAAGCAGAAGGCAUUAUGUAUACAACACAGAGCACAAUCACACCAUAAUUGAGAAUUACAUCUUGUUUUUAUCUUCCCAGGCAACAUAGCUCUGAACAUUUGUGCAACAAGCCUGCUUGCUAUUGUGCUACUUGGAAAUAUAUAGCAUGAUAUUUUUUGAGUCAGUCAAUACAGUGAUGUUUUUAAAAUAUAAAUCUCUAUUUUAAUAUGCAGACCUUUGGAGCAGGAGAUGCCAAUAAUUGCCAGAGAACUUUAAUAAUUCUACAUGUAUUUUUUCAUGUGUAUGCAAAAGUGAUGAUUGUGCUAUAUGUUAAUUUAUUGUACAACUUUUUUCUUAUAAGAAUGUAUUUUACUAUGAUCAGAUAAACUUUUAUCUUUUUAGUAAGAAAAAAAUUUUUCACACAGCUAUAUUUUUAUAUUUUUCAAAUUGAUUCAGUUAGAUAUUCUUAGAUUGCCUAUCUAUAAACCUUUGCAAUAAUUCUGUUUUAUGGCUUUUUUGGGUAAAAUUAUGAUUUAUCUAGCAAAUUACAUUUCCUGUAGUUUUCUCUUGAGUGUUUGGAAAAGGAAAUAGGUAAGAUUAAAUCAAAAUCUACCUGAUCACCUCAUUAGGGACAGAAAAAGCAUUUAACAAAAUUUAACACCCUGUCGUAAUAAAAAGACUCAACAAUCUAGGAAUCCAAGGGAGCUUUUUCAACCUGAUAAAGAACAUCUGUGAGAAACCCAUAGCUAGCAUCAUACUUAAUGAUGAAAGACUGAAAGAUUUCGCCAUGAAACCAGAAACAAGAAAAUGAUGCUCUUGGCACUUUUACUCAACUUUUACUGGAGGGUCUAGCCAGGGCAGUUAGGCAAGAAAAUGAAAUAAAACACAUCCGGAUUUGGAAGGAAGAAGUAAAACCAUCUCUGUUUGCAGAUGGUAUGAUCUUAUACAUAGAAAAUCCAAAAGAAUACUUUAAGAAAACAUUAGAACUAAUACGUGAGUUGAGCAAAGUUGCAGGACACAAGAGUAAUAUACAAAAUUGAUUAUACUGUUAUACAAUAUCAAUAAAUGAAACAAAAAAUGAUACUGAAAAAAAACAAUUCAAUUUACAAUAGCAUGAAAAAGAAUAAAAUAGGAAUAGAUUGUGAGUCCAGAAAUAAUCCUCGUAUUUAUGGUCAAUUGAUUUUUGAAAAGGGUGCUAAGACAGUUCAAUAGGGGAAAACAGUCUUUUCAUCAAAUGGUACUGGAACAACUGGAUAUGCACAUGCAAAAGAAUGAAGUUGGACCUCUUCCUCACAGCACAUAUAAAAAUUAACUCAAAAUGGAUCAAAGACCUAAAUAUAAGAGAAAACACUAGAAAACUUAAGAAAUCAUAGAUGUAAACUUCAUGCCCUUGGAUUAAGCUAUGGUUUCUUAAAUAAUUGAAACCAAAAA